AUGAGCUCGAAAACCUACACCAAAGAGCUCCAUCUCGCCAGCCUCGCCGUGCAACGAGCCGCCCUCCUCACAAAACAACUGCUGUCAGUUGUUGACAAAGGCUCUCUCGACAAAAGCGACUCAUCCCCCGUCACAAUCGCCGAUUUUGCUGCCCAGGCCUCUAUCAUCGCUGCAAUCCACCACACCUUCCCAGAUGACGACAUUGUCGGUGAAGAAGACAGCUCCGCCCUUCGCACGAACCCCGCUCUGCUCGAACGCACCUGGGAACUCGCUACUUCAGUUCACCUCGAUGAUCCGGCGAGUGAAGCCCUGCUGUACACGCCUACUUCCCGCGAGGAGCUCCUGGACCUGAUUGACCUCGGCGCGACUGGGGAGUGCCGGCCGGGCAAACGGGCAUGGACGCUUGACCCUGUGGACGGGACGGCGACAUAUAUGCGGGGCCAGCAGUAUGUUGUCUGUUUGUCGCUGGUUGAGGACGGAGGGCAAAAGGUCGGAGUGUUAGGCUGUCCGAACCUGGAUCUUUCGAGCGGGCGGGUUGCGGAGGAAUUGGUUGAUAGCGAGGGAUACGGGCAGCUGCUUACUACUGUGAAGAGUGAGGGAGCAUGGAUUGCGCCGCUGGGGUCGGGAGCGUUGCUUGAGGGCCGGGCGCUGGACCGGGUGGAGCAGAUUGAGGAGGGAAGCGAGGUGAAACUUGUUGACACACGGGAGGCAUCAUCGCAGAACCUGGAGGCUCAUGAGAGGAUUGCGGGGGUUUUGGGGUGCCCAUGGCCGAAUCCUGUGGAUCUAUGGUCUGCGCAGAUGCGGUACGUUGCGAUUGCGGUGCGCGGGGGUUGUAAUGCGUUUAUCAAAGUGCCGCGCAAGGAUCACUAUCGGUCCAAAAUCUGGGAUCAUUCGGGGGGUAUGUUGCUGGUGUCGGAGCUCGGCUGCUUGGUGACAGACCUGGAUGGUCGGCCGGUGGAUUGUGGCUUGGGCAGGACGUUGGCGGAUUGUCAUGGGAUGGUUGUGGCGCCGGCUUCAAUUCAUGGGCGGAUAUUGGAGGCUGUCAAGGUCGCACGACAGUAG